UUUUGAAGAAUAACGAGCUGCUCGUAAUCGCAUGCGCAGAGUCUUGAAAAAGGUAUUUUUCUUUUCCACGCAGUGACGGAUAACAAGAAGGAUGCCUGCACGAUUCGAGUUGGCCGUCGGCCUCAACAGAGGACACAAAACCACGAAAAUUCGGGUUGCUAAAAACAAAACCGAAAAGACAAGAACUGUUGCUUUGAGACCUUCACGUUUCAAGGGGCGUCAAACAAAACACACGAAAUUCCAACGUGAUUUAAUUCGUGAAGUAACUGGUCAUGCUCCUUACGAAAAGCGCGCCAUGGAGUUGUUGAAAGUCUCCAAAGACAAACGUGCUUUGAAAUUCUUGAAAAGACGGUUGGGAACACACAUCAGAGCCAAGAGGAAGCGUGAAGAAUUGGGUAACAUUCUUGUACAAAUAAGAAAGGCUGGGCAUCAUUAAAAGCUUUUUCUAACUUGGAAUAAAUGAUGCAAAAAUAUUAAUUAAUAAAUUAAUAAUUACUUAAUA